GAGACUUUCCCAAUACCGGCAUGGUAUGUUUGAGGUGGGCUGUGAGGAACCUCAGUGCUGCGCCGAGCCGUUGUUUAGCCCAGGGGUUAAAGGGUUAAGCCUGCCCCUGCUGCAAUCCCAGUGCCAGCUCUCUGCAGGCUGCCAAAGUAAUGUGAUUGAGCAAUGGUUUGCGGGUAAUGGACGAUCCCUCAAGCCACACGUCCGGACUCUCCAUCUCCCUAGGAAUGCACACACCCAACCUGUGAGUCUCUCUAGCCUGCAAGGGACCAGCGGCUCUCAGAGAGCUCAGAGACAGACAGAAGGUCCCCGAAGAGCUCCAGAACCAGAGGUACAGAGGCCAGGAAGGUCACCCUUCACCCCAAUUUCGCUCAAGUUCUCUUUCUCCAAAAUGGCCGACAAUGCCACCUCACAAGAAAGCCUUUAUGGAGACUAUGAGGACUAUCCUGACUUUGACGACAACAGCGGCCUCCGCGACUCCAUGCAUCUGCUCUCCAUGGUGCUCUACAGCGUGGCCUUCCUGCUGGGGGUGAUAGGGAAUGGCCUGGUUAUCUUUGUCACUGGCUUCCGCAUGAAGAGGACUGUCAACACUGUCUGGUUCCUCAACUUGGCCUUGGCCGACUUUGUCUUCACUUUCUUCCUCCCGCUGAGUGUGGCCUACAUGGCCCUCGGCUUCCAUUGGCCCUUCGGGAAGGCUCUGUGCAAGCUCAACACCACCGUGGCCUUCCUCAACAUGUUUGCCAGCGUCUUCCUACUCACUGUCAUCAGCAUGGACCGCUGCGUCUCUGUGGCUUGUCCCGUCUGGGCCCAUAACUACCGCACGCCCCGGCUGGCUUCUAUGGUGGCGUUGGGCAUCUGGUUAGCAGCCAUGGCUCUCAGCUCCCCAUACUUUUUCUUCCGGGACACCGGGAGCUCCUCCGGCGAGGAGAAUGCCACCCACUGCUACAACAACUUUGCCUUGUCGGAUGACCUGGACUCGGAGGAGGUUGCCAAGCUGGGAGAGGAUCGUCACCGAGCCAUGGUGAUGACCCGCUUCGUGGUUGGGUUCCUGGUGCCGUUCACCAUCAUCUUGUUCUGUUACGGCAUCAUCACGGCCAGGCUGAAGGGCAGCCGCCUCACACGGUCAGGCAGACCCUUCAAGAUCAUGGUGGCAGUUGUCUUGGCCUUCUUCAUUUGCUGGUUCCCCUAUCACGUCUUCUCCUUCCUGGAGAUGUCAGUCACCACAGUAACGCCCUGGCUGCAGACCAUUCUGGUGGUGGGGGUACCUUUGGCCUCAGGUCUGGCCUACGUCAACAGCUGCCUGAACCCUUUCCUGUAUGUCUUCGUAGGGCACGACUUCAGGGAGAAGCUGAGGACGUCAGUCCUUGCAGCGUUUGAGAAUGCUUUCAGCGAGACCUCAGCGCAGGUGUUAACCAAGAGCAAAUCCAGUUUGGAGAUAGAGUGUCACCUUGUCUAGAGCAGAAGGGGGAAACUGUAGGUCAGGGUUUCACAAACUUGUGUCUCCAGCUGUUGUUGGACUACAGUUCCCAUGAUCCCUAACCACUGGUCCUGCUAGCUAGGGAUGAUGGGAGUUGUAGUCCAACAGCAGCUGGAGACACAAGUUUGCGAAACCCUGCUUUAGUCUUUUCUCCGCCCUGAUCCUUGAGUCUUCCCUCCCCACCCCACAUUCACAGCCAAGUACAAAACAGUGGUUUUGGGAUGGCGGGUUGGGAAUAACCUGAAGCAAAAUGGUGGCUUGGCACUUGGAGGCAACCAAGGUCUAUGCUGUUUUGUAAGCUGUACGCUGGGAUGGCCUGCAUAUCAAAGUACAAAUCUUACCUUUAAGAUAUGUGAAGCUAAUAUUAUUUACUCUAGAACUAUCCUGCAGAGUGUAGUAUUGCAGAAACACAGAAUUUAGGCAGCUGGUAAAAGGGACAGUCUUAAUUAUCUAGUUACAGUUGGAGAUUUCUUGUGCUUGUUUGCUGGCUCUAUGGAAACCCCAGAGCAGCCUUUCUCAACCUGUGGGUCCCUAGAUAUUGUUGAACUACAACUCCCAACACCCCUAGCUAGUAAGGCCAGAGCUCAGGGAUGAUGGGAGUUGUAGUCCAAUGACAUCUGGGGACCCACAGGUUGAGAACCCCUGCCCCAGAGGGACAAACCAAGACCCCACCCAUCUGCAUUAUACCUUUAAGGCAGUACCAUGCCACUUUAAACAGUCAAAGAAUCAUGGCUUCCCCCAAAGAAUCCUGGGAACUGUAGUUUGUUAAGGGUGCUGAGAGUUGGCAGUUCACCCCUAUUCCCCCUAGAGAGCUACAAUUCCCAGAGUGGUUUAACAACCAAAACAAUUUCCCAGGGACCUCUGGGAAUUGUAACUCAGUGAGGGGAGUAAGGGGUCUCCUAAAACUCUCAACACCCUGAAAGACUACACUUCCCAGGAUUCUUUGGGGGAAGCCAUGACUGUUUAAAGUGGCAUGAUCCUGCCUUAAAGCUAUGGUGCAUUUGGAUCCCAAGUUUGUACAUUUUAAAGGCUUAUUUUUUACUGUUCUAUGUAUUGUACGUUUCUGUUUCUGUACUGGUAACUUUAUGAGUAUUAAUGCAUAGAAUGUGUGUAACAUUAUUUAU